CUCUCAGGUUCCUGUUUGGCGACCCGUCGCCAUUAGUGCAAGCUCCUAACGGAUAUAUUUAUUUGGUGAAAAUCUCUAAAUUUUCGUGUUUUCCAGCCUUUGGAAAACAUUUGACGCCUUGUUCAGGGCAUUUUGUUUCCCUUAACGAGUAAACAACUUAAAUUCGGGGGGUGUUGGCCCCGCGUGGCGAACUUUCGUCCUCUCUUCCAACAGCCUCCAUAACUUGAGACGCCGAAAUCGUGUCUCUUAUUUUUUCUCUGGUUGUUAUUGUCAAGAUGUCGCCGUAAUGGGUUUUCCGCGUUUGACAGAAAUGAACCAGGGCCUUCGUCGCCUGACCCGCACUCACUACACCCCACUUUCCCUUGUCGUUUUUCAGCUGGAUGCUGGAGAGCUCGGUGGCUCUCUACCCGGAGCUCGGCCCCAGAACCGUUCAAUUCACGAAGACAAACAUGGAGAAGAACCCCAACAGCAGCACCAACGCCAAGGUCCCGCCCCGUUCCAGCUCCACAGGCCCAGCACCGGCCGACUCUAAACCCAAAACAGAAAGUAAAAAUAAUGGAGGCUCUAAGCGCAACAGCCGCAAGCGUGAGCCCGCAUUUCCUAAAACCGACAGUUUUCAAGGCGCUCGCCACACCAAUUCACAGAAAAGCAAGAAUUUUGAGAAGAGACCCCUUCAGAGAGGUGGAGGAAAACAAUACGCAGUUGCAGGUGGAGGACGACGUGAGGAGGUAGCAGAGACACGCCGGGCCGAGUUUUGCCCGGCUCAGUUUGCUGGACCGAAAAAAAUAAGCCUUAACCACCUGCUGAAUUUCACCUUUGAACCUCGUGGAGGUUAUGGUGGCUUCGGAGAUGGAGGCCACUCUGUUUGGGGCCGCCGAAACAAAUGGGGCCACAAGCACAAGCCCUUCAACAAGGAGCUUUUCCUGCAGGCCAAUUGCCAGUUUGUGGUGUCUGACGACCAGGACUACAAGGCGCACUUCACUGAUCCAGACACUCUGGUCAACUGGGACUGUGUGCAGCAAGUGCGCAUCUACAGUCAUGAGGUGCCGUCUUGCCCGAUCUGCCUCUACCCGCCGUUGUCAGCUCGCAUCACCAAGUGUGGACACAUCUUCUGCUGGCCGUGCAUGCUGCACUACCUGUCUCUGAGUGACAAGAGCUGGUCAAAGUGCCCCAUCUGCUACGAGGCAGUUAACACCGAUGACCUGAAGAAUGUGGUUGCUAUGGAGACCAGGCAGUAUGUGGCUGGUGACGUCAUCACCAUGCGCCUGAUGCGGAGGGAAAAGGGGUCUCUGGUGGCCAUGCCUAGCUCUCAGUGGGUGAAGGUGGAGGAGCCUGUUCGCUUCGGAGAUGCGUGUCUUAGCCCGUACUCCAAGCUGCUGCUGACCUCCCCGACGCAGGUUCUGAGCCUGGUGGCAGAGGAGAAGGCUGUCCUGCAGGCUCAGCUCAGCCAGGAAGGGGGGGACGCCCAAGGCUGCUUCAUCCAGAGCGCACUUUGUCUUUUGCAGGAGCGAGAGGAAAUGCUGCUGAAGCAGCAAAAGGCAAAUGUGAGAGUCAGGCUUGACCUUUCCUCUCUGACUCUGGAAGAACCUUCUCCUGUGGACGAAGUGGUUACUAUUAUCAGCAGCACCAAGCCUGUGCUGCAGUACUCCUCUGCAUUUGAUGACGAGGUGGCGGAGGUAGUCGAGGUCCCAGAGGUGGCGGAGGUCCCAGAGGUGGCGGAGGUCCCAGAGGACGCCGCUGCAGAGCUGCCAGGCUUCCCUGAAAGUAUUUUGGAGAGUGUGCUGGAGGAGCCCCCAGAGGCCAUGAUGGAUGAAGCCCCAGAGCCCCAGCCUGAUGAGGAGAGCCCUGCCAGCCAGGCAGAGUCAAGCCGCCCUUCAGCCAGCGUGGUGCAUGGACCCUACUACUAUUUCUACCAAGCUGAUGACUGCCAGCAGAUGUUCCUGCAUCCUGUGAAUGUACGCUGUCUGUUGCGUGAAUACGGCAGCUUGGAGGCCAGUCCGGACUCCAUCACUGCCACAGUGGUGGAGAUAGUUGGACACACGGUCACCGAGGAUAUUCGCCGUCGUCAUCGCUACCUGGCUCAUCUGCCACUCACGUGCGAGUUCAGCAUCUGUGAGUUAGCUCUACUGCCGCCAAUCCUGUCCAAAGAAACUCUGGACACAUUUGCAGAUGACUUAGAGAAGAGAAAUCACCUGAGGCAGAAGAAAGCGAGGGAUGAGAAGCGCAGAGAGAAGCGAAUCGAAUUCGAGGAGAACAAGAAGCAGGGUAAAUAUCCUGAGGUGCAUAUCGGAUUGGAGAACCUUCAGCAUUUCCCAGCCUUCGGGUCUCCCCCCCACAGCAGCCCUUUAAUGCAGCCUGACUUCACAUUUGCCCCCCCUUCACCCCUCAGCAGCAGCCCUUCCUCUGAUGGGAUGAGCUUCCCAAGUCUGAAUGGGCAAAGCUCUUCACCCAUUGUGGGUAGUGUGGAGGAUGAGUCCCACUGUAUGUCCUUUGCACAGAUGCUAAGAGAUGGGAAAGCCAGAGGUGAUGCUGGGCCCAGGAUCACUCCAAAGAAAGAGCUGCUAGCUCCCCCAGCAGCAGACAGCGAUGGAGAGAGUGACGGGUCUGAGCGCGUCCCUGUGCCCAGCUUCCAGAACUCCUUCAGCCAGGCCUUUGAGAAAGCUCUUCUGCAGCUGGACAGUGGUGCAGCUUCUCCUCCACAACCUGUGGUUGUCCCAGAGGAGAAAGGAGGAAAGAAGAAGAAGAAAAAGCAGAAACUUCUCUUCAGCACAUCCAUGGUUCACACAAAGUAGACACUGAAGUGGAUUUAAUCAUAUUGUUUCUUGAGUUGAUCUUCCCACCGCUUGUUUUUACUUCUAUUCUGAUCUUUCUUGGAACUAUAAGCAAUUGUAAAAGGUUUUAGUAUGUAGCCAAAGUUCAUGCUGCGUUUUAGUCCUUGUUCUCGAUGUGCUUCAUCCAUUGUUUGAGUGGCAUGCCAUCAGUUUAAUUACCAUUCAUUCUUCGUUGUACAACUGGGUCAAAGUUUUCCAGCACCCUCCUGUCACACUGAAAGGCCUUAUGGGUAACAUUCUGUUGAGAUGCCUGAGUAAAGGAAGGGAGGGGUAUAACGAGCUGCUCUCGAUGUAUGCUUUAGGCUUUUCAUGGAUACAUGACUUGCAUCACAGUAUUUCCUGUUUGAUGUUCCCGAAGUUGACCCUGAGCAUUUAGGAUCUGAGUAAUAUUGAUGAGAUAAUUCUGGGUGCUUUAUAUUAGAGUUGCAGUCAGCCAGCUGCAGGUACGUUGCCCCUUUAAAAACAAAUAUUUCCAAGAUACUCAGUGCUCAGACAACAGCGUGGAACUUCAGUUUAGAAUAGAUGGAAACAGAUAAAGUGUUUAUCACCGGUAAUAAUUGGGGCCAGUGCUACUACCUUCAGAGGAUAGAUUUGAGAGAUUAAUGCCCUGGUAUUUUGAAAAUGACAACAUGAAUACAUCAUUUUCAAAUACUAUAUUGUAUUAAAGAGAUUAGAUCGGUUGGCUCAACAGAACUUCAGUAUAUCCUGCGGGAUUAAACCACAAGUACGCACCUCUUUUUCAGUUUCUCCUGUCAUCUAGAAGGUUUACUAACUUUUAAGGUUAAAUUCAGUGUUGAAAAUGUGUGAAACUAAAGAAUUGCUGACAUUUAAAGAAUGCUUUUGAAGAAAAAUGGAUUGAACAUUUGUUUUGUUUGAUGGUUCUGUAAUUAACCUUUUUAAUUUUGAGCAAGUUUAACGGCUAGUGAACAUAACUAGUCUGUUGAACUGAAUAAACAAUUAUGCACAAUCAAGAAA